UGUAAUGGACUGACUUGCAUAGAGAAAGUCCAUUGAAGAACCAGCGGCAACAUGUCUCAACCGCGCGGCGGACGCGGUGGUAGUCGCGGCGGUGCCGGUGGUGCUGGCGUUGGACGUAAGACGCCAUCCUCAUUGACCGGCCCACCCGAUGAUUCCACAACGCCCAGCGAACGUGCCACACCAGCCAGCAAAGCUGAUUCCGAUCCCAAGGAUGAUAGUUCCAGUAAUGGCGAUAAAAAGGAUACGGAUCUAUUUCCAGCACCAAAACCGCCAAGUGCCGGUGCCUCUAUACGGGAUACGGCUAACAAAGUGCUCGGCCUGGCCACAAAAAGCGAAUGGACACCUAUCGAAGCGGAACUUAAGAAAUUGGAGAAAUAUGUGGCCAAUGUGGGUGAGGAUGGCAAUCACAUUCCAUUGGCCGGGAUUCAUGAUAUGAAUACCGGCAUGACCCCUUUGAUGUUUGCAACCAAGGACAAUAGAACCGCCAUAAUGGAUCGCAUGAUUGAACUGGGUGCCGAUGUGGGCGCUAGAAAUAAUGAUAAUUAUAAUGUGCUACAUAUUGCGGCAAUGUAUUCGCGUGAGGAUGUCGUCAAAUUGUUGCUAACAAAACGUGGCGUUGAUCCAUUCUCCACUGGUGGCUCGCGUUGUCAAACUGCAGUGCAUUUGGUGUCGAGUCGACAAACUGGAACUGCCACAAAUAUAUUGCGAGCUCUUUUGGCCGCUGCUGGCAAGGAUAUACGUAUAAAAGCGGACGGUCGUGGCAAAAUCCCAUUGCUACUGGCCGUGGAGUCGGGCAAUCAGUCAAUGUGCAGAGAACUAUUGUCGGCACAAACGGCAGACCAACUUAAGGCAACGACGGCCAAUGGAGACACGGCCUUGCAUUUGGCCGCCAGACGGCGGGACGUGGAUAUGGUCCGUAUUUUGGUUGAUUACGGCACCAAUGUGGACACACAGAAUGGGGAUGGUCAAACUCCGUUGCAUAUAGCCGCAGCCGAAGGUGAUGAGGCCCUACUUAAGUACUUCUAUGGCGUGCGUGCCUCAGCGUCCAUUGCGGACAAUCAAGAUCGCACACCGAUGCACUUGGCCGCCGAGAAUGGACAUGCGCAUGUCAUUGAAAUACUGGCGGACAAAUUCAAGGCGAGCAUCUUUGAGCGCACCAAGGAUGGCAGCACACUGAUGCACAUUGCAUCACUCAAUGGUCAUGCUGAGUGCGCCACUAUGCUCUUCAAGAAGGGUGUCUAUCUGCAUAUGCCCAAUAAGGAUGGAGCACGUAGCAUACACACAGCAGCCGCCUAUGGACACACGGGUAUAAUCAACACACUACUCCAGAAGGGUGAAAAAGUCGAUGUUACCACCAAUGACAACUACACGGCACUCCAUAUAGCCGUUGAGUCGGCCAAGCCGGCUGUGGUGGAAACUCUCCUGGGUUUUGGUGCCGAUGUUCAUGUGCGUGGCGGUAAGCUGAGGGAAACCCCACUACAUAUAGCGGCACGUGUUAAGGAUGGCGAUCGUUGUGCUCUCAUGUUGCUAAAGUCGGGUGCCAGUCCCAAUCUAACGACAGAUGAUUGCCUGACACCGGUUCAUGUUGCCGCAAGGCAUGGCAAUUUGGCCACAUUGAUGCAGUUGCUUGAAGAUGAAGGCGAUCCGCUGUACAAAUCAAAUACUGGGGAAACUCCAUUGCAUAUGGCCUGCCGUUCGUGUCAUCCAGAGAUAGUGAGACAUCUAAUUGAAGCGGUGAAGGAGAAACAUGGUCCAGAUAAGGCCACGGCCUAUAUAAAUUCCGUAAACGAUGAUGGUGCCACAGCACUGCACUACACAUGCCAAAUUACCAAGGAGGAGGUGAAAAUACCCGAAUCGGAUAAGCAAAUAGUUCGUAUGCUUCUGGAAAACGGGGCGGAUGUUACGCUGCAAACGAAGAACGCAUUGGAAACGGCGUUUCACUAUUGCGCGGUGGCAGGUAACAAUGAUGUGCUUAUGGAGAUGAUCUCGCACAUGAAUCCCACUGACAUACAGAAGGCCAUGAAUCGACAAUCGUCGGUGGGUUGGACCCCAUUGCUAAUCGCCUGCCAUCGAGGACACAUGGAGUUGGUCAACAAUCUUUUAGCGAAUCAUGCCAGAGUCGAUGUGUUCGACACCGAGGGACGUUCGGCCCUGCAUUUGGCCGCAGAGCGCGGAUAUCUGCAUGUCUGCGAUGCCCUGCUGACUAACAAGGCCUUCAUCAAUUCCAAAUCGAGAGUGGGACGUACCGCAUUGCAUUUGGCUGCCAUGAAUGGCUUUACGCAUUUGGUGAAGUUUCUCAUCAAGGACCACAAUGCGGUGAUUGAUAUCCUGACGCUGCGUAAGCAAACGCCACUGCAUUUGGCGGCAGCCAGCGGUCAGAUGGAAGUUUGUGAACUUCUACUCGAACUGGGGGCAAAUAUCGAUGCGACUGACGAUUUGGGACAGAAGCCCAUACAUGUCGCAGCACAGAACAAUUACUCUGAAGUGGCCAAACUAUUCCUGCAACAGCAUCCAUCGCUGGUGAAUGCCACGAGUAAGGAUGGCAAUACCUGCGCCCAUAUCGCUGCCAUGCAGGGUUCGGUGAAAGUGAUCGAGGAGCUGAUGAAAUUCGAUCGAUCUGGCGUGAUCUCGGCUAGAAAUAAGUUGACCGAUGCCACGCCCUUGCAAUUAGCUGCCGAGGGCGGGCAUGCGGAUGUUGUCAAGGCCCUGGUACGUGCCGGAGCCUCGUGUACGGAAGAGAAUAAGGCUGGCUUCACCGCCGUACAUUUGGCUGCCCAAAAUGGGCAUGGUCAAGUGUUGGACGUACUGAAAAGCACCAACUCUCUAAGGAUCAAUAGCAAGAAACUGGGUCUCACGCCUCUCCAUGUGGCUGCCUACUACGGCCAGGCGGACACUGUUCGCGAACUCCUCACAAGUGUUCCGGCCACAGUUAAAUCGGAGACACCAACGGGUCAGACCUUAUUCGGCGAACUGGGCACGGAAUCUGGUAUGACGCCGCUACAUCUAGCUGCCUUCUCUGGCAACGAGAAUGUGGUGCGGCUGCUUCUCAACUCGGCGGGCGUACAAGUGGAUGCAGCAACCGUUGAAAACGGCUACAAUCCGCUCCAUUUGGCUUGCUUCGGCGGACACAUGUCAGUGGUUGGUUUGCUUCUGAGUCGAUCGGCGGAACUCCUCCAAUCCACGGAUCGUAAUGGCCGUACUGGCCUCCAUAUUGCUGCCAUGCACGGCCAUUUCCAGAUGGUGGAGAUUCUGCUGGGACAGGGCGCAGAGAUAAAUGCAACCGAUCGCAACGGUUGGACGCCACUGCAUUGUGCUGCCAAAGCCGGUCACUUGGAUGUGGUCAAGCUGUUGUGUGAGGCGGGUGCCUCACCCAAAUCGGAGACGAAUUACGGUUGUGCUGCCAUUUGGUUUGCCGCCUCCGAGGGUCACAAUGAAGUCCUACGCUAUCUGAUGAACAAAGAGCAUGAUACCUACGGAUUAAUGGAGGACAAACGAUUCGUUUACAAUUUAAUGGUUGUUUCCAAAAAUCACAAUAAUAAGCCCAUACAGGAAUUUGUUCUUGUAUCGCCAGCGCCAGUCGAUACGGCAGCCAAAUUGUCCAAUAUCUAUAUUAAUCUCUCCACAAAAGAAAAAGAGCGAGCCAAGGAUCUGGUGGCCGCUGGUAAACAAUGCGAGGCCAUGGCCACAGAAUUAUUGGCCCUGGCGGCUGGUUCCGAUUCGGCUGGAAAAAUUCUACAAGCCACCGAUAAACGAAAUGUGGAAUUUCUCGAUGUUCUGAUAGAGAAUGAGCAAAAGGAAGUUAUUGCACAUACCGUAGUACAACGUUAUCUUCAAGAACUCUGGCAUGGCUCAUUGACUUGGGCCUCAUGGAAGAUUCUGCUGCUAUUGGUGGCCUUCAUUGUAUGUCCGCCCGUCUGGAUUGGCUUCACCUUUCCCAUGGGCCAUAAGUUCAACAAGGUGCCGAUUAUCAAAUUUAUGUCUUACCUCACCUCGCAUAUUUACCUCAUGAUACACUUGAGUAUUGUGGGCAUAACGCCCAUUUAUCCAGUGUUACGUCUCAGUCUGGUGCCGUAUUGGUAUGAAAUUGGAUUGCUCAUUUGGUUGAGUGGUCUACUUUUGUUCGAGUUGACAAAUCCAUCGGAUAAAUCGGGCCUGGGCUCGAUUAAAGUCCUUGUGCUGCUGCUGGGAAUGGCUGGAGUUGGUGUCCAUGUGUCGGCCUUUCUGUUCGUCUCCAAGGAGUAUUGGCCCACAUUGGUCUAUUGUCGGAAUCAAUGCUUUGCCUUGGCAUUUCUCCUCGCAUGUGUGCAGAUUUUGGAUUUCUUGUCGUUCCAUCAUCUAUUCGGACCUUGGGCCAUUAUCAUUGGUGAUCUGCUAAAGGAUUUGGCUCGCUUUUUGGCAGUGUUGGCUAUAUUUGUGUUUGGCUUUUCCAUGCACAUUGUGGCGCUGAAUCAAUCGUUUGCCAACUUUUCACCUGAGGAUCUGAGAAGUUUUGAGAAAAAGAAUCGUAAUCGUGGCUAUUUCAGUGACGAUGAUAUGCCCACCCCCAGACCUCCGCCCGUGGAGAAUUAUGUCGAUAAUCGCUUCAGCGAAUUUCGUCGCAAACACAAAGAUGAUCUGCGCAUGCAUCCGAUUAACUCAUUCGAGUUAUUAUUCUUCGCCGUGUUUGGUCAGACGACGACCGAACAGACGCAAGUUGAUAAAAUCAAAAAUGUAGCCACGCCCACUCAACCAUACUGGGUUGAGUAUCUGUUCAAAAUUGUCUUUGGCAUUUACAUGUUGGUAUCGGUGGUUGUGCUCAUUAAUCUGCUGAUUGCUAUGAUGUCAGACACCUAUCAACGUAUUCAGGCCCAAUCCGACAUCGAAUGGAAAUUUGGCCUGUCCAAGCUUAUACGCAAUAUGCAUCGCACCACAACAGCGCCAUCGCCGCUUAAUUUAGUUACCACCUGGUUUAUGUGGAUCGUCGAGAAGGUCAAGGCACGCAUGAAGAAAAAGAAGCGUCCAAGUCUGGUACAGAUGAUGGGAAUACGUCAGGCCAGUCCACGUACGAAAGCAGGCGCCAAAUGGCUAUCGAAGAUCAAGAAAGACUCGGUGGCCCUAUCGCAGGUUCAUCUAUCGCCGCUUGGCUCUCAGGCCAGCUUCUCGCAGGCAAAUCAGAAUCGUAUUGAAAAUGUGGCCGAUUGGGAGGCCAUUGCCAAGAAAUAUCGUGCUCUGGUUGGCGAUGAGGAAGGCGGUUCUCUGAAGGAUUCGGAUGCUGAGAGUGGCUCCCAGGAGGGCAGCGGUCAGGCGCAACCGCCUCAACAGGUGGGCAACAGAAGAGCCGCCGCCAUAAAGGCCGCUGCACCGGAAAAGAAAUCUUAAGACCCUUUAAGAUUUUAUAGUUUUAUAAUUUAUGUUUUUGUAACCGUAAUCACAACAGAGAAGAGUAUUUUGUGUUUUAAAUCUUUAUGAUUUUACAACUCGAAAGGAAUUCGAAUUUGUUGAAUGGCAAAGUUAAUGAUAUGUACUUGCGAUUCCCAACGAGUUGUCAAAUAUGGCUUAGAAUGUGGCUUAGCAAGGGAAUUUAGAAAAAAAUCGAUGAGUAAUCCAUUAUUAAUUCCUAAAUUGAGCCUUGUUCUUAGCAGAGUUAUAUGUGUGGUUUCUUUUUCCUUUUU